AUGCAGAAUUUAACCCCUGUGACAGUAUUCCUUUUCACUGCUUAUGAAGCCAAAGGCAAUAUUAAGUAUUUGUAUUUCACGUUAACCUUGUUGACUUAUAUUUUGAUUGUCUUUGUAAAUACAGUUCUUAUAACAACAAUUGCUAGAGAAAGAAAACUCCAUGAACCCAUGUAUAUAUUUAUUUGUAACUUGUCCCUGAAUGGGGUGUAUGGCAGCACAGCAUUUUAUCCUAUUAUCUUGGCUAACCUCUUGUCAGAAGCACCCUCCAUAUCUAGAACUGGCUGCUUGACUCAGAUAUUUUUCAUACAUACAUGUGGAUCAUUUGAAUAUUCGAUUUUGGCCCUGAUGGCGUAUGAUCGAUAUGUGUCUAUAUGUCAUCCAUUGAGGUAUAAUUGCAUUAUGACCCCAUCAGUAGUGACUCAGCUUAUAGUGUUUGUAUAUAUGUACCCCAUUUUUAUUAUGUUGAUACAUCUUGUUCUAACGGUUCGGUUGCCUCUCUGUGGGUUUAUAAUAGAAAAAGUGUACUGUGAUAACUGGUCAGUUGUCAGGCUGGCAUGUUCAGAUGUGUCUGUUAAUAAUAUUUUUGGUCUCCUGGUCACGGGACUUCUGAUGGGUGUUCCAGUCGCUGUGAUCUUCUACUCUUAUGUCAGAAUCCUGGCAGUGUGUCUGAGAUCUACAAAGGAAGCUCGUGCUAAAGCUCUACAGACCUGUACCCCUCAUUUACUGAGCUUCACAAACUACAGCAUUGCCACGUUUUUUGAAGUUCUUCAACAUCGUUUUGAAUUUAGUAAUAUACCCCAUGUGGUUCGUAUUAUGAUGUCAAUAAAUCCAGUUCUACUUCCUCCUCUUUUAAAUCCUAUCAUCUAUGGAGUUAAAUUACAGGAGAUAAGACAAAGGACCAUGAAAAUGUUCUAUAGAAGAAAAACAAAUUAUAUUGGAGAAUCUAUGGGAAAUAAGCAGAAACCCAUUUGUAUUUCAAGUAUGAAGUAA